GUAACCAUGGAGAUGCUUCAACAACAAUAUGGUCAAAUUGGGUCGAAAACGCAAAGAAGCUGCUAAAACCAUCAUAAACACGACCAGGAGAUGACGCCAUAGUUUGAACAAAUAAGUUUACGUAUAGGCGGUAAAGAUCCAUACGAGGGGCCUGCCUCGUCGUGACGACCUUCCGGUUCAUAUCCUGAUUUAAGGUAUUCGGGUCUGAACACAUUGGAAAUAAACCUGCGGAACACUGGAUAAUAGCGGACAAGGCUGGAAGGAUUGGUGGCUCUCACUACAUGUGCAGCUGGCCCGCGCCAGACAUGCACACACGCUGCUGCAUUGCUCCUUUUCAUUGAGGCAACCCUAAUGUUGAGGGACUCCAAGUCAUAUUGGCGGACACCUGCUGCAAUGUCAAAGAAAGGCGAAUAUGGACAUCAACGAAAAGACAGGUCACUUGGCCACGCACAGACACUCAGUCUUUGCACAGUGGACAGCAGCAGUGAUACUCAGCCACGGAAACUUAAUGGCUCUUCUGUGGAGACGCCGAGUUACCAGAACUUGCACCGGGAGCUGCUGCUCAGCCACAAGCGGGGUCUUGUGCUUGAGGAGAAGCCGGAACUGAAGCGAGUGCUAGAGCAGCGGCGACUUGAGCUGCACAGGGAGCAGGAGAUGGCUCAGCAGAGGCCCUCGGACCUGGAAACGGAGCUCCGCAAAAGACAGCAGAAGCUACAAGAGUACGAGCAGGAGGAGAUCCGGCAGAGGGAGAACCAGCAGCAGAUACCCGAGUUUGUUCGUGUGAAAGACAACCUGAGACGCACGCAGAUGUUCGAGCACUGACGUCCCCGCCAUGCAACCCCCAUUAUUGCAUGUCAUUCAGUGGGUUUUAAAUUGUCUUGUGUCCAACUUUGAACAGUAACUUAUGCCAGGAAACACACAAAGUUCAAUACAGUGUUGGACAUACAAAUGUUGUUCAGUUGUUUGCGCUGAGUGAGUGUUUUUGAUGUUUUUUUUUUUUGUUUGUUUUUUUUACUGUCAUGAUGUUAUUUAACCCUAAUCCGAAUCAACUCCUAAGAAGCAGUGAAAGGGCCACACCUCUCCAGUGAGGCAGUUUCAGGAUUUUUUGGGGACAUUAUCUGAACAUUAUUUCUGUCAGUCUUCGUAAUUGACAGGUUUCUGUCACAAUCUAUCACAUUUGCUGUUCCCAGAGUGCAGUGGAAAUAAAACGUAUGGCUCACAGAGA